GCGGGCCGUGAGGAGAUAUUUGCUAAAUUUGACCAAAAAAAUGUGUCUUGGAUUAGAAUCUCAUACCUAAAAAGUCUACUUCAGGAUAAAAGUCCUUCAGUUAUUAUUAAUCAAGUUGGCAUAUUGAAAUCCAGGUUUAUGACAUUUCUAGAAACUACUGAGUUACAAAUUUAUCAAACGCAAGUUUCCUGAAGCUCAUGAUUUUAGUGGGCAUUCUAGUCAUCUAUAUUUUUUAUUUAAUAAUUUAAUUAUUCAUUUUUGCAAGUGUUGAACAGAUGUGUGAACGGACGGCAUUAUGAAAACAAGGUUAGAAGUGGUAUAGAGUAUCUAAUGGAGACGUAGUUCUGAUUUCUGUUUAACAAAACAUCAUCAGUUUGGAAUGAAACUCAGCUGACAAAGCUCCGCCCCCCUUGCCCCGACUCACAUGACACACACCAGGAAGCUGCUGUUUUCUGCUUUCUCACUGAGAGACACACACUGAGAGACAGACAGUAAGAUUCAUGAUCAGACCAAAACCAGUUACAGAGGAGCGCGGCUGUACAGGAGGAACACUGGGAAUGCUGGCAAACAGGGAUACUGCCACUUCAACCUGCUGAAGACCUUGCAUAUAGAAUGAGAGUUUUAUAGCAAAGACUGAAAGUGAAAGUAAUUUAGUUUUUUUGUGGGAUAGGGAGUGGCACAACGACUGACUGUUUUUGAGUUUGAGCUGUCUGCCUGCUGUGUUUUCUGCUUCACUCAGAGACGAAAUGGCUUCCAGGUUAGAGGAGGAACUCUGCUGUCCUGUCUGCCAUGACAUCUUUAAAGAUCCUGUCAUCCUGUCAUGUUGCCACAGCUUCUGUAAAGUCUGUCUGCAGAGCUGGUGGAUAGAAAAAGUAAUUCAUGAUUGUCCAGUUUGCAAGAGAAGAUCGCCAAAGAAAUUCCCUCCUUAUAAUUUUGUGUUGAAGAACCUGUGUGAGAGUUUCUUAGAGGAGAGAGAUCAGAGAGCUUCAGAGGCUCUCUGCAGUCUGCACUCUGAGAAACUCAAACUCUUCUGUCUGGACCAUCAGCAGCCAGUGUGUCUCGUCUGCAGAGAUUCAGAAAAACACAGAAACCACAGAUUCAGACCCAUCGAAGAAACACAACAACAUAAAAGGGAACUUCAGGAAAGUCUGGAGCCCUUAAAGGAGAAGUUACAGGUUUCUGAACAAGUUAAAGUGACAUUUGAUCAAACGGCAGAACACCUGAAGGUCCAGGCCCGACACACGGAGAGGCAGAUUAAGGAGCAGUUUAAGAAGCUUCACCAGUUUCUAGAGGAGGAAGAGGAGGCCAGGAUGGCUGCACUGAGGGAGGAAGAGGAGCAGAAGAGUCAGAUGCUGAAGGAGAAGAUGGAGGCUCUGAGCAGAGAGAUAGCAGCUCUUUCAGACACAGUCAGAGCCACAGAGGAGCAGCUGAGAGCUGAAGACGUCUCAUUCCUGCUCAACUACAAGGCUGCAGUGGAAAGAGUCCAGCAGCGCCCCCUGCUGGAGGAUCCACAGCUGCCCUCAGGAGCUCUGAUAGACCAGGCCAAACACCUGGGCAACCUGACCUUCAACAUCUGGAACAAGAUGAAGGACAUGGUCUCCUACACUCCUGUGAUCCUGGACCCAAACACUGCCGGUCCAGGACUCAUCCUGUCCGAAGAUCUGACCAGUGUGAGACGAGGAGGAGGGAGACAGCAGCGCCCUGACAAUCCAGAGAGGUUUGACUUGUACACCUCUGUCCUCGGCUCGGAGGGCUUCAACUCAGGGACUCACAGCUGGGAGGUCGAGGUUGGAGACAGUACAGACUGGUCUCUGGGAGUGUUAGCAGAGUCCGUCCAGAGGAAAGGAGCCAUACUGUCUGGAUUAUGGACUAUAUGGUUCUGUGAUGGUAAAUACAGAACCUUCUCCACAUCACUUCGAUCCACUGUUCUUGUACUGAAGAGGAAGCUUCGGAGGAUCAGAGUGUAUCUGGACUGGGAGGAAGGGAAGUUGUCGUUCUCUGAUCCUGAUACUAACACACACAUACACACCUUCACACACACUUUCACUGAAAGAUUGUUUCCAUACAUCAGCACCUGGAAUGAACUCCCGCUUACUGUUUUACCAGUUAUGGCUUCCAGUGACUGUAGAAAAACACACUAAUGAUGAUGAUGAUGAUGAUGAUGACGCCUUGUUCACAAAAUCUUUUGGGUAAUUUUAAUCCUCAUGGGAUAUAAAGGGCUGGAUGAAGUGGCAUAUAGA